AUGUCGGCAACGUUUAGCGGCGAUGAAACGGCACCGUUUUUCGGCUUCCUCGGCGCUGCGGCCGCGCUAGUAUUCUCCUGUAUGGGGGCGGCUUACGGCACGGCGAAGAGCGGCGUCGGAGUGGCGUCGAUGGGAGUGAUGCGUCCGGAGCUGGUGAUGAAGUCCAUUGUGCCUGUGCCAAGUCUUAUUACUUGUUUGAUGGCUACGCUCACCUUUCGUCCGGUCUGGCUUGUGGCCUCGCACGCUGGCCUGUCUGCCGGCAUGGCCAUCGGAAUUGUCGGGGAUGCUGGUGUUAGAGCCAACGCACAACAGCCAAAGCUCUUUGUUGGAAUGAUUCUUAUUCUCAUUUUUGCCGAAGCUUUGGCUCUUUAUGGUCUAAUUGUCGGCAUUAUUCUCUCUUCUCGUGCUGGUCAGUCAAGAGCAGAUUAG